GGAACUCGAGUGUUUGUACAGGGCUUGCCGACUAGUGUCACUUGGAAAGAGCUGAAGGAUCACUUUCGGAUUGCCGGCGAGGUUGUCUUUGCUUCAGUCAGCGCCGACCGCGUUACGAGAGAAUCCAAAGGCCACGGAAUUGUGCAAUACGAGACAACAGACAUGGCCGAAAAUGCUAUUAAGAUUAUGCGAAAUCAUCCGCUGGACGGCUAUCAGCUCUAUGUGCGCGAAGACGUGCAAGAA